UUAUCUACGACCUGCUCAGUAUUCACACUCUGAUUGUUGACAUUAUGUAACAGGACAGCAUAACAUUAUUUUCUGGAUUACAUGAUGCCUUUGCAAAGGGUGAAAAUGAAAUCCCGCUCCCAAAAGAGGGUCCGCUUUGCCAUUGAUCCGGAUGAUAUGAGUGACAAUGAAACUUCUGGAGGGGACCCUGCGUGGCACCGUGGUGAUCAUGAGGUGGUGCCGGUCAGUCCAGAAGAGGUCCAGUUACUGGAGGUACCCAAUGGAAGCCACACUGGAUCAGGUGUGUCUGGAAACAACAGUGGUCUGAUAAAGAAGGAUGGACAACUGAAAAGCAUAUUAAAGAAUCGUUUAGAGACAGUUGAGCAUGUUGAUAAUUUGUCAGUCAAAGAGAGAAGACGAAGACACUCAUCUGCAGAUGAAGAUGACUUUGCAUUACUCCACGGCAGAUUCGAGAAGAUCCCCCUAAAGGACUUCCAUGCUGAGAUUCGGGCCUUCAAGGAUGUGGAGGAUUUCCUGAGUGGGACACAACUGAUGUUGGACCUCCAAAAGUCGGGUCUACCCCAGAUUAUAGACGCGAUGGUCAAAAGGUUACUAGAGAAAAAAGAAGUAUCCUCGCAGACCUCACUAGAGGAAGCGAGACACGCCAUCUUCACUCAGGACUCAGUACACACACUAAGUAAGACAAUUCAGGGUACCAUGACAAGUGAUGAGAGCGGCUUUGAUUUUGAUCAGAACUGGAUUUGUGUCAUGUGCGAUAUUCCUACCUUGACAAAACGGCAUGUGGUCAUCGCGCGAUUAAACAGUCCGGCUAAUUUAGGCAGCACUAGUCAAGAGGUGCAGUUUGUAAUCCUCGUAAUGGCUCCGGUCAGAGAGAAAAGUACUAAGUCCUCCUUGGAGACGGCCCGGACCUUUGCCACCCUCUUCCUGGACAUAGACUUCCGACAUCAGCUCCUGCUGGCCGAGUCUGAAUUUGAAUUUAAACAGCUUCUUCAUUCGAGGACCAAACUUCUCAUCGAGGAACAGGGUCUCCCCGAGAACCGCAAAUCUCAUCUUGUGCUGUCGGCCUUUGAACAGGAGGAACAAGAGGGUGGGACAGCUCGAUGUCCAAUAGGACAGGGUCUUCUUCGUGACUUUAAACGACGGUUACCUCACUAUCUCUCAGAUUAUAAAGAUGGCAUCAUAGGGAACAAAACAAUUCACAAAGUAACGUCCACUACAUUUUUCUUGUACUUUGCCUGUGUCCUACCAAACAUCGCCUUUGGAAUGUUGAAUGAUAACAACACAGAGGGAGCUAUAGAUGUCCAGAAGGUGUUGUUUUCCCAGUGUGUGGGAGGACUUCUAUUUGCGAUCUUUGGGGGCCAGCCUCUAAUCGUCCUACUGACCACAGCACCCCUGGCCCUAUACACCAAAAUUAUUUUCAGCAUUUGUGAGGAUUUUGACCUGAACUUCUCUGCCAUGUUUGCCUGUACUGGGUUGUGGAAUGCUUUUUUCCUGUUUAUUUAUGUUUUCUUCAAUACAAGCAAGCUUAUGAAAUAUUCCUCAAGGUCCACAGAGGAGGUGUUUUCACUGUUCAUCACAUUUGCCUUUUCUGCUGAUGCCAUUAAAGACACAAUUAAAGAUUUUAACAAGAAUUACCACACGGAUGCCUGUCAUCACGUCAUCCACAGUAAUUCAUCCAAUCAGAAUCCUUCCCUCCUUAACAACUCCCUAACAACAGUUAGUACCAUGACAACAGGAAACUCCUCCAACAGCAGUGUGACAGUGUCUCCCCCUGGUGGGGGGAUAGAGGAAUGCCUAAGGGAGAACAGUAUUCUAUUUUUACUGCUGAUGUUGGGCACGGUGUGGUUGGGAAUCACACUAUUUAACUUUACUAAAACACCCUUUCUGAAUGCCGGUAAGCGGGAGAUGCUGGCUGAUUACGCCUUACCUGUGGCUGUCCUUUUCAUGUCCUUCUUUGGAUCCUACAUCUUCAGUGAGGUCAAAAUGAAGCCUUUUAAGUACAAGGAACGAGCCCAGAUGUUUGAGCUGGCCCCUCUCCACCUGUUGCCUGUGGGGGCAGUGUUUGCAGCUGCUGGUCUGGGCUUCAGUUUGUCCCUCCUCUUCUUUAUGGAUCAAAACAUUUCCAGUGCUCUGGUCAAUGCCCCCUCUAACAAACUUAAGAAGGGAGCGGCGUACCACUGGGAUCUGUUUGUGGUGGCAGUCAUCAAUGCCUUCCUGUCUAUCUUCACCAUGCCGUGGGUCCACGCUGCCUUACCUCACUCACCUCUCCACGUACGAGCACUUGCUGACCUUGAGGACAGGGUCGAUCAAGGUCACGUACACCAGAUAGUGGUCCAUGUUCGUGAGACUCGGCUGACGGGGAUUAUCUCCCACGUGAUGAUUGGUCUGUCCAUGUUGAUGCUGCCUUACCCCCUGGCCUACAUACCCCGCCCCGUCCUGGACGGCCUGUUUAUUUACGUCGCCAUUACUGCUCUCUAUGGCAAUCAGCUGUUUGACCGCAUUCUACUUUUCUUCACAGAACAGUCAGCUUACCCCCCUAACCAUUACAUCCGGCGAGUCCCCCAGAGGAAGGUCCAUCUGUUUACCGUGCUACAGCUGAUACAACUCCUGGUCCUCUGUGUGUUUGGAUUCUCCCCCAUACCUUACAUGAAAAUGGUCUUCCCUGUCCUCCUCAUGCUCCUCAUGCCCAUCAGACACAAAAUCACUCCAAGGUUUUUUGAGCCAAAAUUUUUGAAAGCUUUGGAUGGACAUGCCCACUAGAUAUCAGCUGGAGUUGGGGGUCAAAGUUCAAAAAGGCAGCAGAUUAUUGUCUUCUUAGUGCAGAUGUACUGAGUCCUGAUGCUGGUUAUUUAUGUGAUAGACUGUCAGUGCAGUUAAGUUGGAAUGUUUUUGUGAA